AUGCCAGAGAGGACUAGCCAGUGCCUGGUGAAUGGGAUCUCUCUGUUUGAGGGCGCUGUGUGGUCUCCGGAGCCGUGUAACGUGUGCCAGUGCCGUAGUGGAGCCGUGAGCUGCCGCGCCGCGCCGUGCCCCAGACUAGCUCAAAAUGGCCAUCAAACUGGGGGUCAGAGAGCAAAGAAGUUGCCCCCGCGCUCAGAGAACAACGUGGAGGUCAUUCCAAAGAAGAGGGAGAAAGAGAAGACACCUCAGCGUCCGGCCGCGAAGAGCAAGAAGCCGAACAGCAAAGUAGUGCUGGGAACUUUGCCAAGGAGAGUGGAGAUUGUAGAGACUCCUGUCAGAGUUGUGGAGGUAUUUCAGUUUUGUAAAGGGAUACAGACUCCUUACUAUGAACAGAUCUAUACGUUAUUUCACGAUUAUAAACCCGCGCCACCGCAGAGGAGAAAACCAGAGGCGAUCCUGAAGACCGAAGUGGCGGGAGGGAGACAGCCCUUGGGGUGGGCACCAGAGGGUAACACACGUGCAAAGCUUGACCUGAGUCCGCCUGCCAAAAAAAAUACGCAGCAUGCUCAGCGACAGCCCUUUGAUGAUGAUGAUGAUGACGAUGAUGAUUACUACGACUAUCUAGAUGACGACGAUGACGAUGAUGACACCUCAAUGAUGUGGCCCGCUCCGUCGACAGGGAGGCCCGUCCCAAUGCCCACUGGUAGGCCGGUGGUGCCACUGACACGGAGACCGGUGGCACUGCCCACCAGACGCCCAGUGGUUGUGCCCACAGGGAGGCCGGUGAUGCCCGCAGGGAGGCCGGUGGUAAAGUUUAACGCCAGGCCCCCCAUCCCCCACGCACAGGGGAACAACUACAUGGAGUCUCUGCCGGCAGGGUGCCUGCUGUCGGACUCCCUCAUAGCCUGUGGGAGCACGGGGAUGAGCCACCUGCCCAUCAUCAGUGACCCAGGGGUCAGGACCCUUUACCUGGCAGAUAACAAAAUUAGCAAGAUUCCACCACGGGCUCUGGCUGGACUUCCUAAUUUGGAGUGGCUGGAUCUGAGUAAGAACAAGCUGGAUGACUUUUCGUUUAGCCCCGGCCUUUUCCAGAAUCUGACCAGGUUGAGGAGGCUGAAUUUAGACGGGAACAACCUGACCAAAAUUCCUGCGCUGCCUUCCUCCUUGAUGGAGCUCAAGAUCAACGACAACAAGCUGAGUGGUCUCACUCCAAACAGCUUCAAGGGGCUCUUUAAACUACUCACUCUGGAGCUGGAGGACAAUUACUUCCACGAUGGGAAUGUGUCCCCGUUGACCUUCCGACCCCUGAGGAAGCUGAUCUACCUGAGGCUGGACGACAACAGGUUCAGAGCCAUUCCCUCCGGGCUGCCCACCUCUCUGCAGGAGAUGCACUUGUCGGAUAACCGUGUGGAGGUGGUGCAGGCAGGAAUCCUCAACAAGACCUUAAACCUCAGAGUGUUGAACCUCAGCCACAACAAAAUACGUGAAGAUCGCAUAGCCCCAAGAGCAUGGAUACACCUGUCGAAACUGGACUCCCUGGACCUGUCCCAUAAUAAGCUGGUCCAUGUGCCGUCCUUCCUGCCAGUGGCCCUUCGCCACCUCACCCUCCACCACAACCACAUUGAGCGCAUCCCAGGCUAUGUCUUCGCCCACAUGCAUCCCGGCCUGGAGUCGCUGCAUCUGUCCUACAACCGGCUGCGGGAGGACGGUGUGGACGAGGUGUCCUUCAUGGGGUUGUCCCACUCGCUGGCGGAGAUGCUGCUCGAUCACAACCGCCUCAGCUCCGUGCCCAGGGGGAUACUGCAGCUCAAAGCCCUGCAGCAGCUCAGGCUCAACAACAACUUCAUAAGCUACGUGCCUCUGAAUGCCAUCUGUGACACGCGUGUGAGCGAGGACUCUCCCCUGAUGUCCGUGCAUCUGGAGAACAACCUGAUCGACCGCCGCUCCAUCCCUCCCACGGCCUUCUCCUGCAUCAAGAGCUACCACAGCGUGGUGCUGCGGCCUCAGAACUACGAGAAUAUCUACGAGUAGCACUCACACACAGUAACACACAUACAAACACACACACCACAAAAUACACACACAGCAAAACACAC